CUCUAUAAAUUCCCACCGUCGAAUAAAUCUUCAAUUUACUCUCUCUUCUUCUUCUUCAAUCACCAAACUCGCUAAAUCUUCCUCUUCUCUUUAUUGUAUUACUUAAAACCCCCGACUAUACACUAAUAAUCAGGCUCAUCUCUUAACCUUUCCACUCCAUAGAUUCCAGUUACUGAAAUCUCUCACUGAUUUCUAAAACUUUCUUACAAACCACCAUGAUCUAUCCUCCUCAAAAGGUCGUCAGAAUCAUCCUCACAGACGCCGAUGCCACUGAUUCUUCCAGCGACGACGAAGCCUGUCACCAUCAAAACAACAACUCUGUACGACGACUCAAAAGACACGUCCAAGAAAUUAACCUUCAACUUUCCCCUUCGCAAUCCCCACAUCCAUCCACAAACAAACCCUCCAGAAAGAAGAAACCCACAAAGCUCAAGUCAACGGAAGCUGACGUCACUCGCCACAAAAAGUACAGGGGAGUACGCCAGCGACCUUGGGGUCGUUGGGCCGCCGAGAUCCGAGACCCGACCAGAAGAAAACGGGUCUGGCUAGGUACUUUUGAUACGCCUGAAGAAGCUGCUACUGUUUAUGAUAAAGCAGCACUGAAGCUAAAGGGCGCUGACGCCGUUACAAACUUUCCUAACACAGUUUUAACGGGACCCUUUAUUGACGGUCGAAAAGAUAAACUUGAAGUCGAAGAUCAGUCACUUAAUGGUAAUUCCGCGCUUUCACCCACUUCUGUUUUAUGUUACGACCAGUUAACGCCGUUCCGUAACGGGUUGAGACACUGUGACGUUGACGUGUUUGGUUUUGAGAUUGACGCGCCGUUAGGUCUGCCUGAUAUUUGUCCGUCGGAAGCCUGCUUUGAUGAUGAGGAUUUAAGCGAGUUUAACGUUGACGAAUUUUUAGUGGCAGACGAGCUAUAAAACACGUGUCUUAAUACGUGUUUGUCACUUUCGCGGAUUAACUGUAUUGAGGAAAAAUGUGUUGGGGAGUUCUUGGUCGUUUCCCUGUGCUAAGUUUUGUCUGUUGGGUGACUAAGCAGCCUUGAAUCAGUGAUGUGGCAUGUGUGAUUAGGCCCUUAGAAACCUAUGUUUGAAAUUUGUAUUAUUCAUCAAUCUACGGAGUGUAAUUAUAGUGAGUUAACAGAUUUUGGCAAUUAGAGAGGUAGUUAUUAAUAAUGUCUUAUUGAGGAAUUUGUAGUUUAUUAAUUUUGAAAUUUUAAUUAAUUAUUAUCAA